AUGUUUAAGGCUGAUCAAUUAACAGAGGAACAAAUUGCUGAAUUCAAAGAAGCUUUCUCGCUAUUCGACAAAGAUGGUGAUGGUACCAUCACUACAAAAGAGUUGGGAACUGUUAUGCGUUCGUUGGGACAAAAUCCAACGGAAGCUGAAUUACAGGAUAUGAUUAAUGAAGUUGAUGCUGAUGGUAACGGAACAAUUGAUUUUCCGGAAUUCUUAACCAUGAUGGCGCGUAAAAUGAAAGAUACAGAUAGUGAAGAAGAAAUCAGAGAGGCAUUUAGGGUAUUUGACAAAGAUGGUAAUGGUUUCAUCUCAGCUGCUGAAUUGAGACACGUUAUGACAAAUCUUGGUGAAAAAUUAACUGAUGAAGAAGUCGACGAAAUGAUAAGAGAAGCAGAUAUCGACGGCGAUGGUCAAGUUAAUUAUGAAGAAUUCGUCACAAUGAUGACAUCAAAGUGA